AUGACGGGUCAAAUAUCAUGGCUUCAGCAAAGAAAAUAUUAAACCGGUUUUAUUGCUACGUUUUCUUCCAUGCGUAAUGUCUGAGUUCCGUUUCGAAUAGUUUAUAUCUAUUGUUUUUUAUUUCUGUGUGUGUUUGGGGGUGGGAGUUUUCGGCUAACUGCUUUUCACGACGCACAACUGAAGGGAGGACCUCAAGACCAACUUGAGAGAAGUUUUGAGCUUUUGAGGAGUCGACUGCCUCUUAGCACGGGAUUUCCUGCAAAAUUCACGGGUUGAAAAAUAAAACAUUUCCAUUGCCGAGCCGAGAAAGGAAGGUGCAAAUCGAAAUGUCACCAGCCGAGAAAGGAGACGGCACCGCCAACCCGACUCCUGCUGAAAACAGUACAAUUAACGGAGGAAAUACUUCAGAAAAACAGAGUAAAACUGAACUGGAGCUCCAGUUGGCUGCUGCCUAUGUCUCGGACGCUCAGUACAACCGGAAUGUCUGCUUCGAGAAGACACCGCAGGGCAUCAGACUGUACAAUCUCUACAAUCACUGGGGCAUGCUCUUGGUCACAUACUUCUUCAUCAUUCUGGAUCUUGCGCUUGCCGUGUUUGAAGACCCAGCUUUGAUCCCCUUACCUUUGUGGGCUACAUUCUUGGCAGAACUCAUCUGUCUGGCGGUCUUCACCGGCCGUCUUGUUCACUUCGCCAAGGUCAUUCCAUGGCAGAAGUUCUGGAAAGACACAAAGAACAUUUGCGUUGUGCUCAUCAUAUUGUUGACCUUGGUGGACAUGUUGAUAUAUGGAUCCAUGAAGGCAUUUGGCUACUAUGGAGUUCGUUGGUCAAGAGUGCUUCGGCCUCUGUUCCUGGUCAACAUUACAGAGGGCCGUCAGGUUCGAAGGGCAUUUAGGAGCAUUCGAAACACACUGCCAGAAAUACUGUAUGUGUUUCUGCUGUUUAUAUUCAGUAUACUGAUAUUCUCCCUUAUGGCACUCAAACUGUUUGGAAAAAGAAAACUUGUGACGAAUGAAGGCACUCCAUACUUCACCAGCUACCUGGAUAUUGUGUUUGAGUUGUAUGUGUUGGUAACUACUGCCAACAGCCCUGAUGUCAUGAUGCCGGCCUACAACUCCAGCUUCUUUUUUGCCUUGUUCUUCAUUUUGUAUAUCCUGAUCAACACCUAUAUCUUCAUGUACGUGUUCCUGGCUGUUGUCUACAAUAACUACAGGAAGCACCUGAAGGAAGAAAUGAAGAAUCUGGUGAGAGCGAAGAGGCACAAGAUGGUGGAAGCUUUCCGCAUCCUGCAGGUGAAGCACGGCGGGGAGCCGGUCGUCUGCCAGUCGCACUGGAACCAGCUGGUCCGCCUUGUCCAGCCCGACAUCAGCAACUCCCACCGCGAGCUCCUGUGGAGCGUCUGCGACGAGGACAAGAAAGGCUUUAUAGGGAAAGUGGCCUUCCUUCAGCUGGCUGACCUCCUCAACAUUCAGAUUAUUACUCUGAAGUCCCACAUUCACCCCCUGCAGACCUGGUUCCCUCAUCUGUACAACAGCCAUCCCAGCAGGCUCGUCUGCCAAAUGGUGCAGCACAAGGCCUUUGUCUACGUGUACGACUUCAUCAUUGUGGUGAACGCCGUCUUCAUUGGCCUGGAUGAGGAAAACCCAUUGAUCUCCAAUGCGGAGUGGGCCUUCCUGGUGCUGUACAUGCUGGAGAUCCUGCUGAAGCUGUACACCUACGACCCGCGGUCCUUUUUCUCGAGGCACAAGUUCUGGAACUGGUUUGACACAAUCAUCAUCAUUGCAGCUUUAGUGGCUACCACAGUCAACUUCGCUCUGAAGUCAUCCGAUGGCUAUACCAGCCGUCAAGUACUGGAUAUCGUCUUUAUCCUGAGGGUCCUCAGACUUAUUCGCAUUGUGGACAGUGUUAAAAGGUUUCGGACAAUCAUCAAUACUCUUAUAAAGAUAGGACCCACAAUUAUUACUUUUGGACAACUCAUCAUUGUGGUCUAUUAUAUAUUUGCCGUGGUUGGAAUGGAGAUCUUCAAGGAUAAAAUCAAAUUUUUUGCGCCAGACUCCACUGCUUCUGCACAGAACUACUGUGGAAAUCCUCUUCUGAAAGACACUGCCUUUGCCCAAAAUAAUUACUGUAGGAACAACUUCAAUGACAUUGUGUCUUCAUUUGUCCUCCUUCUGGAGCUCACUGUUGUCAACCAGUGGCAUGUCCUGACAAGUGGCUUCACCACAGUCACCCACACUGCUGCUAGGAUCUUCUUCGUCCUGUUUCACAUUGUGGUUGUUAUCAUCAUUAUGAACAUUUUAGUAGCAUUCAUUCUGGAAGCUUUCUUUGUGGAGUACACGUUAGCAAAGAGCGAUUUACAGACGUCAGUCGAAAAGAAAAUCCAGGAGCUCGAAUUAGGGAUUCAGCAGGAUAAAUUAGACGAGACUCUGGUGGGCAACAUGGAAACUCACGAGAACGAACUGGGGCCUUCCGAACUCUCGAAAGGAAAGCCUACCCUCAUGUUCAAGAUUGCUUCAAAAAGAUACAGGACUGUGGACGCUUUGCUACAGAGGAUAUUUGAAGACGAUCUGAGUCCCGAGGACAGUGGUUCCUCUUCAGAAGACCACGAAGGCGAUCCUGAUAAUCCACUGUCUCCUGGCUUUAAUUUCCAAAACCCAUCCUUUGACGGCAUUAACUGAAAAAAGUGAAUCGUUUAAACAUCGAACUGUUUACGCUGGCAUUAUACACAAACUUUUUUAAACCUCCUACAUACAAAUGAAAGGUCUCUUUUCCCAGAGGGAUCUCUAUAUCAGUUGUGCAGGAAAUCAGAAAUUAUAAACAAAGGGAAAUUAACAUGCUCGUGCAUAUUUGUUUCAGUGCAUAUACAGUAUUUCUCUAUAUAUAGAAUAUAUAUUUACAGGUUUAUUUUUUAAAUACUUAUUUCAAAUUAUGAAAAACCCUUUUCUGUCCCUAAAAAGUGCUUCAUAUGCAGUAUUCUUUACCUUGUAUGAUAAAUUAUUGGGAAUUAUAUGAAAUGUAUUCUUCUCUAAAGAUAUUUUGAGUACAGUUUUGUUGAAAACUAAAUUGUGUGUUCCUUAUUUUAGUGGCUACAUUCAAUUCAUGCUCCAUUUUUGUUGAAUUCUCAGUACUCUAAAACUGGUAUCUUCUACGUUACACAUUUGAUCAGUGUACAUCUGAGCUUGCUAGUUGUGUUGAUGACAUUCAGAGCACGGGAUCCAAAUUCAGGAGCUGUGCAUUUAAGGAUUUGAUGCCUUAUGUGCAUGUGAUUUUUCUGAGAAGGAGAAGGACAAAAGUGUUUAAUAAGCAAACAAUGGUUCCCACUACGUUUUUUUUGUGAAGGUUACACAUGAAAAUGUUCUGCAUUGUUUUACUUUUUUCCCAGAUU